UGAUGCGCUCUUUCUAGAACCCUCUACGCCAUCUCGUUAAACCCUCGUCCCAAGCCUCAAGGGUUUACUGGAACUCGCCUUUUGCUCCUUCUCCGCUACUCUUAUCCUUUUCACACCGUUUCAUGGCUCCAGCUCUCGCCAGAAGUUUGUCCACUCUUGCUCUUUCUUCACUCCCUCUACCAAGCGGUGGUACUCGCUUGAGCUUGACAACCGCUUUUCUGCCCCGAAAUGGACUCAGAAAGGGUUUUUCUUGUGCUGGGUUGAAGUGGAAGAUUGAGAAGAAGAGCAAUCGGUUAGCGGUUAGGUGUGAGGCGGCCGUCGCCGAGAAAGAAGCUGCUGAGUCUCCUGGUGAGAAGUUUGAGUACCAAGCCGAGGUUAGUCGCCUCCUGGAUUUGAUUGUUCACAGCCUUUAUAGCCACAAGGAGGUGUUUCUUCGAGAGCUAGUGAGUAACGCGAGUGACGCUUUAGACAAGCUAAGAUUCUUGAGCGUGACCGAGCCCUCUCUACUUGGAGACGCUGGCAACCUUGAAAUACGUAUCAAACCUGAUGCAGACAGUGGUACUAUCACCAUAACGGAUACUGGUAUUGGAAUGACUAAAGAGGAGCUCAUUGACUGUCUUGGAACUAUCGCUCAGAGUGGCACUUCAAGAUUCUUGAAAGCCCUGAAGGAAAACAAGGAUGCUGGAGCAGAUAACAGCUUGAUCGGUCAAUUUGGUGUUGGGUUCUAUUCAGCCUUCCUUGUUGCUGAAAAGGUUGUCGUAUCCACUAAGAGCCCAAAAUCAGAUAAACAAUAUGUUUGGGAAGCAGUAGCUGAUAGUAGUUCAUAUGUUAUUAGGGAAGAAACUGAUCCUGAAAAACUUCUACAGCGUGGAACACAGAUCACCCUCUACUUAAGGGAAGAUGACAAGUAUGAAUUCUCUGAUCCAACUAGAAUACAAGGUUUGGUCAAGAAUUACUCACAGUUUGUUUCCUUCCCCAUCUACACAUGGCAAGAGAAAUCAAGAACUGUUGAGGUGGAAGAAGAAGAAGAACCAAAAGAAGGAGAAGAACCAAAACCAGAGGGUGAGAAGAAAAAGAAGACAAAAACUGAGAAGUAUUGGGACUGGGAAUUGGCUAAUGAGACAAAGCCUAUCUGGAUGCGAAAUUCAAAAGAAGUUGAGAAGGAUGAGUACAAUGAAUUCUAUAAGAAGACAUUUAAUGAGUUUUUAGAGCCACUUGCAUAUACUCACUUCACCACCGAGGGCGAAGUGGAAUUCAGGAGUGUUCUUUAUAUUCCUGGAAUGGGACCUCUGAAUAAUGAGGAUGUUGUGAAUCCUAAAACAAAGAAUAUUCGCUUGUACGUUAAGCGUGUCUUCAUCUCUGAUGAUUUUGAUGGCGAGCUGUUUCCUCGAUAUUUGAGCUUUGUGAAAGGUGUGGUAGAUUCUGAUGACCUCCCCUUAAAUGUUUCUCGGGAAAUUCUCCAAGAAAGCCGAAUCGUGAGAAUUAUGAGGAAGAGACUUGUCAGAAAAACAUUUGACAUGAUUCAAGACCUCUCUGAAAGUGAGAAUAAAGAGGAUUACAAAAAAUUCUGGGAGAAUUUUGGCCGGUUCUUAAAAUUGGGAUGUAUUGAGGAUACUGGAAAUCACAAGCGUAUCACACCAUUAUUGCGUUUUUACACCUCCAAAAGCGAGGAGGAGCUGAAGAGUUUGGAUGAUUAUGUAGAGAACAUGGGCGAGAGUCAGAAGGCAAUUUACUACUUGGCGACUGACAGCUUAAAGAGUGCCAAGAGUGCUCCAUUCUUGGAGAAGUUGGUUCAAAAAAAUAUUGAGGUUCUUUACUUGAUUGAACCUAUCGAUGAAGUUUCCAUCCAGAACUUGCAGACAUACAAAGAGAAGAAAUUUGUUGAUAUUAGCAAGGAAGAUUUAGAGCUGGGUGAUGAGGAUGAAGUCCAAGAAAGAGAGACUAAGCAAGAUUUCAACCUCCUCUGUGACUGGAUUAAGCAACAACUAGGUGACAAGGUAGCAAAAGUCCAAGUCUCAAAGCGUUUAAGCUCUUCUCCAUGUGUCCUAGUUUCUGGCAAGUUUGGAUGGUCUGCAAAUAUGGAAAGGUUGAUGAAGGCUCAGGCACUUGGGGAUACUUCAAGUUUGGAGUUCAUGAGAGGAAGGAGAAUUUUGGAGAUUAAUCCCGACCAUCCAAUCAUCAAGGAUCUAAAUGCUGCUUGCAAAAAUUCACCGGAUAGCAGCGAUGCAACGAGAGCCGUUGAUCUUUUAUACGAGACAGCAUUGAUAUCCAGUGGAUUCUCUCCUGAUAGCCCAGCUGAGUUGGGGAACAAGAUAUACGAGAUGAUGGCAAUGGCUCUCGGAGGUAGAUGGGGUAGAUUGGAAGACAAUGUUGAUGCUGUAGACACUGCUGAAUCCGACAGUGCUGAAGCACCGGAAGUGCAAGUGAUUGAACCCUCAGAAGUGAGGGCGGAGGACGAUCCAUGGCAGGAUUAGGAUUAAGUGAACCUUGGCUAGAUUUUAGAAGCUUUUUGACAAUCCUGUGGGGAAAGAAAUAUGGUGUCUGGCGAGCAGUAGGGGAUUCAUUUUACUGGGCAAAGUUAUAAUUCACAGAAAUGUUGGAAAGUAUGAUUAGAUUAGAUUUUGAUGAUUAAAUCCCUAUGCAGUGGGUAUAAAAUUGCAAAAGGUCCACAAUUCUUGAAGAAGUGCAAAUAAAAUCUUAAAGUUUCAAUUGUCUCGGCCAAAA